GUUAAUGUUUAAAGAUUGUUGGCGGUCAGUUCCUACUCUAUAAAAUAACCCCAGUUUAAGCCACAGUACCUGUGGACAUACUGACUGUGGUAAAAUGUGGCAAAAGAUCCAGUGCUGUUUGGUGUUUGCCCUCCUGAUAAUGGUGGCCUUGGCUGACCACCACAUGGGCCACAAUCACGCAGAACAUUCAGCAGAUCACCAUGAAGAAGAUGAGGUACAUUUCAAACUCAGACCUCACAAUGCCGACUUUGCCUUUGCCCUGUACAAUAAGCUCUCCACCCAUGCUGAUGCCAAAGGCAAGAACAUCUUUUUCUCUCCACUGAGCAUCUCCAUAGCAUUGUCCAUGCUGGCUCUGGGAGCCAAAGAGAAGACCCACUCAGAAAUCUUUAGCACUUUGGGCUACAGUUCCCUAACAGAGGAUCAGGUCAAUGAAGCCUAUGAGCAUCUGCUGAAUAUUGUGGACCACAGCAAGGAGGCCAUUCAGCUGGAGAUAGGAGGAGGUCUGGCUGUCCGAGAAGGCUUUAAACCUGUUGACAAGUUUCUGAAGGAUCUUCAGCACUUCUACCGCACAGAAGCCUUCACUGUGGAUUUUUCCAAGCCUGAACAUGCUGUGGAAGAGGUUAACAAGUUCAUCGCCAAGAAGACCAAGGACACCAUCACUGACAUGAUCAAGAGCUUGGAACCUGAAACUAUCAUGGUGCUCAUCAACUACAUCUAUUUCAAAGGUAAAUGGCAGAAGCCUUUCCCAGUGGAGGCCACACACAAAGCUGACUUCCAUGUGAAUGAAAAAACAAGGGUCACUGUGGACAUGAUGAAGGCAAAGGAUGAGCAAUACAAUAUUUAUGUAUCCAAGAACUUUACCCUUAUCAAGUUGCCUUACCAUGGCAAUGCCUCCAUGGUGAUCAUUCUUCCUGCUGAGGGCAAAAUGAAAGAAGUGGAGAAAAACAUAAACAAGGAUCUGCUCAGGGAAUGGAUUUUUAAAGCCAGCCCAAAGUCUGUGGAUCUUUGUAUGCCCAAGUUUUCCAUCUCUGCCUCUGCCUCCAUUGGAGACACUCUGAAGGAAAUGGGUAUUGUUGAUGCAUUCAGCGACAAUGCAAACUUUACCGGGAUGAGUGAAGAUGUGGAACUCAAGGUUUCCAAAGUUCUCCACAAGGCAAUCCUCAAUGUUGAUGAGAAAGGCACAGAAGCAGCUGGAUCCACCACUAUAGAGAUAGUACAGAGAGCCAUGCCAUUCCCUAUAAAAAUUAACAGACCCUUCCUGGUCUUUAUUUGGGAAAGAGCUGCCAGGAGCAUGCUUUUCAUGGGCAAGAUUGUCAACCCUGCUGAACAAUAACUGCUGACAUCAGCAGUUGUAUUUGGGUCUUGCUGUUACUUGAUCAGUUGCAUGUGUAGAUCUUCUGUGAGUGAAGAUUGGCAAAGUGUUAAUGUUAAAAUAAAAAUGUAAAACAAA